AAUUUACGCGCAAUAUUUGCGAACAUUUACGCAGAAAAAAAAAUUCAAACAAUUAUCGUUUAUUAGUAAAUACAUUCUUUCAAAACCGGGACAUGUGAAGGCUACAGUUUCUAUUUUAAUUAUUCCAUACAUUAAUAAUCGUUAUCACCGGUAUUGUUUAUCAAUAUUUAUUUUUAAAAUAUGUGAAAAAAUUAACCCUAGUGGUAAAACCCAAAACUAAUAAGUGAUUAUUAGGUUUUUGUUUUGUAGGUUACUUUAUACGCACUGAAAGUAUUUCGUCUUAUUUAAAUUCAAAAUUAAUAAAAAUAAUUUAAUUUAAUCAUUUAACAAUUAUUAUUUUAAACAAUAAAAAAAUGGCUGCCAAUCGAGUACAAAAUGAAGAUACUCUUGAGUGUUUUCUUUAUCCAAAAUUUUGUUAUUCAAUGGAAACAGAUAGUGUCAGUGAAACAAUACUAAAUGAAGAAAUUAAUAAAUAUAAUGAAUUUAUUAAUAAAUUUACAAAUGAUUAUCUUUGGCAUCACGAUUCUUUAGUAUUUCAUCCAAGAACCAAACAAGCAAUAGUACUUAAUCAAAUGCUUCAUACUUCAACUGUAUCUCAAGAAUCAUCAUUAGUACCACAUAUUUAUGCAUCGCUUCGUUUUGACGAAGAUGUGGGAGACGAAUGGUUUACCGUCUUCCUAAUCUUCAAAUUAACUGAAUCCUUUGACGGAUUGAUAGCUCGACUUGUAGAUUCAGAUGGUGAAUUUUUAUUAAUUGAGACUGCUAAUUAUCUUCCCCGUUGGGCUGAGCCAGAAACCUGCCAAGAUCGUGUUUAUAUUUUUGACGGACGAAUUCACGUCGUCCAAGACAAACGUGUACCUCCAAUUCAACAGUUAAAACGCAUUUCGGAAAAUUCACAAAAUUAUUUACUGUCUCGAGAGGCGCAAGAGACGUUAAAGAAACGUCUAGCUGUUUAUCCAGAUGAAUUAAAGUUAAGAAAACAUAAAGCACGUGCUUUUUUGCCAGAAAAAGCUGCUUCAAUACUUGCUCAAAAUCCAGGACUUAUUGCUUCAGCAAUUCGGACGAUUGUUCAUUCGGAUCCUUUGGAAAGAAAGGUAUGUCGUGCCAUGAGAUAUUUUCCACCGGAACAACGUACUAUGGUGAAUGUCCAAAUGACCAAGUGUUUAUACGCAAUGAGUUCACACUGUCGUUACACAGGUGAUCCAAGAACCGGUUGGAAUUUUCCACCAACCAACAGUCCAAAGUAUAACGCACAUUUAUUAGGUAUUAAAAUAGCUUGUGGCUUAGAGAUGCUGGUAGCCAGAGCAAACGAACAACUAAGACGUAAAGAAUCAUCUGAAAGUAUAGAUGACAAUCAGUGGAGAGAAUAUCGUCAUCGUUUAGAAGCUAGUGGGUACUUUAGAAGUACCCUCGAAGGUAGUAAAGAACGUGAGAGAUUGACACAAACAGCCAAAGAGUACUUAGCAGCUCAUCCAUUAAAUGCAAUCUAUGUGUCAACGGAUAACAGUGCGGCUAUGAAAAUUUUAGAAGCUUGGAAAAAUGUUAAGACCGAAGAUUUUGAAAUGCACGCACAAGAUGAAGCUUCUCUCAGUCCUCCAGACGAUGACAGCUGGUUGAAUGUCGAUGCUGCACAGCUAGAAGACAUGCUGGGACAACACUGGAUCCACGGUAACAAAAAACCACCUCAAGAGCCUCUCAAUCUCAAGGAUAAAGUUAAAGUAUUUUUGAAUCAAAAAAGUGACGUCGACGGUAUUGAAUUUUCAAGCGGGUCGCGUGCUGAUGACGAGAAUAAAAAUGAUAUUGAAGAUGUCGGAAGAAUAGAUUUUGAUCCAGAAGUAUUCGAUAGCACUUUGCGUGACAUUUUGGAUCUCGUGGUACCUGGUGGCGAUGGUGAAUUCGAUGGCAGCUCAGAGGGCUCUCUAGGUGGUGAUGAAGAAGAUGAACGUGGUGGUGAAAUAGACAAAUAUAUGAAAUUAAUGGAUGCACAGCUUGAAGCUGAAUUAGCUAAAGAUAAUGACAGUAUGUCAAGUCGCUUUAAAGACUCUGUUGAAUCAAAUUUGAUGGAAAGUAUAGAAGAGGAAGCCGGUGGCGCUGGUCCUGCUGGUAACAUUAUCGGUGGUCCUGUUCGACGUUUAAUGCAUUUACAACUUCAAUCACCAACAACUGUCCCUCCUGAUCUUCAAAGUUAAUUUUUA